AUGAAGACUAGAACGGAAACCCUAAAGUCAAUUGAUUGCAGUAAAUAUAACAAUGCACAAAUAAAGGAUUCGACCAAGGCUACCACACAAACGGAACCAUCUGAUAAAUUUAGUGAUGGUAAACUUCCUUCGCUUUCUCAAAAAUCAAAAGUUGGAUCACAAAAGUCUGAAACAGGAUCAUUGAAAGGAAUUGAUUGCAGUAAAUAUCUAAUGUUGAACUCAUCUCAAGGAGAAAAGGACACAAGAAAGGCUGCCUUGCAGAAACCCGCGACAACCACAAAUGAUUGUGUUAGACCAAUAUCUGCAGCUGAGUCGGCCAGGUCGGAAUCUAAAACAGAAGCGACGAAGAAUGGUAAUAUUGACUGCAGCAAAUACUUGAGUUCACAAAGCAAGGAUACGAAGAAUGCUACCCCUCAAGAAUGUGGUAGGCCAGCAUCCACCGUGCCAAUUGGGUCUGGUGAGGUGAAAUCUAAACCAGAAACGGUGAAGACAAUUGACUGCAGCAAAUAUAAAAGCUCAGAAGCGAAGGAUCCAACUAAAGCCCCUCCACAAAAAGGACUAUCUAAUAAAAUGAAUGACAGUAAAGUUACGCUUGCCGGAAAAUCAGAACUUGGACCUCAGAAAUCUGAAACGAGGUCAGUGAAAGGUAUUGAUUGCAGCAAAUACACAGCCACGGAAAGCAAGGCCGUGAAGCUUAUACCUACCCAACAAACUCAACCCAAUAAGCCUAGACCUGAAACAGAAAACCCCAAUAAAAUUGACUGCAACAAAUAUAAAACGGCGGAAACUAAGGGCUCGCCUAAGACUACCCUUCCAGAAGAAAUAUCUACGGCGAAAGGUGGCAAUAAGAUUAACCCUCCUGAAAGGUCGCCAAAUGAAAGUUCGAAAUCUCAAACUCCAAAAAUUAAAGAUUUCACAUCAGCAAAUACAGGCAUAAGAAAAUCGGCAGUCCAGGAAAGCUGCAAACCAGCAACAAUUCAACAGACUGGGCCCGACAAACUGAAGCCUGGAACAGAAACUCCUAAAUCAGUGCACAAUAUGCAUGGGCCUUCUGAAACCAAGGACCCGACCAGCCCUGUUUUUCAAAAUACGAGAUCUUGUGGGGUAGCAGUGAAAGAAGUUGAUUGUAGUAAAUACAAAACCUCUAAGAGUAGUGGUUCGACAGGAAGCACCUCCCAGAAAGAUCAACCUACAAAAGUUAACCAUGGUAAACUGGAGAAACGAUCAUCAAGCGUCGCUCAUUGUAAUAAAACUGGAAUCAUAUCAACACAGGCCAGCGGUACAACUACAAAUUCUGUGAUGAUUGCUCCUCAAGCAUUCGAUUGUACCAAGUUUGUACAAAAGAUGGAUGAAGCAACCAACGAUGCGAAAAAAUUAGGAAAAGGAACAGCGAACUUGCCUGUCAAGACUCCUGCUGUGCAGACUAAGAAAUCAGUUCCGACUGAUAGCAAACAAUCUAAAAUUCCAGAGCAAGCUGUGAAGUUUGGAAUAGUUGCUGGCUCCCAUCCUUCAACUACAUCAAAAGUAGAAAGGGAAUCCCCGAUAGACUGUGGCGCAACCCUAAGCCGAAAAGACAACAAUGCUCAAUCUGAAAAAAUCAUAGAUUGCAGCAAGACGAAUUCCUCAAUUCGCCCUGAUAGCCAGUCAUCCUUAGGUAAAUCGACUACAGUCAAUACUAUCAAAGGAGGCGGCACACCGACUGAACCUCGGAAAACGUAUCAACCAAACCGUAACCAAAAUACUUCAGCAAAAAACGCAUCAUUAUGUAAAGAGACCGAGUCUAUUUCAUCAGGGCCAGAAAAGUUCAGCGUAAAGUCCCAAAGGCCGAAACAGUGUGAUGAACCGAGAGAGUGUAGAAGACCACAGCCUUUUGAAGAAAUUGUUAGGCGACCUGCGAAACGUAUUGUUGCAGAACAGAAGCCGGUUCCUUUCAAUUGUUGUUUGAAAAUUGCUGAAGCACGUAAAGUAGUCAUCGAUGAGUGUAACAUGCCUCAGGCUUGUGAUGAUUAUGUCAUCGUCAAAAUGAGAGCAGUUGGUCUUUGUGGUUCUGAUGUUUAUAUGUUCGACAAUGGUAUCAAAGAGCUAGAUUCAAACGAUGUUAGCCUUGGGCACGAAGGAGCUGGAGAAGUGGUUGAAGUUGGCCCCCGAGUCAAGCACCUUAGGAGAGAUGACCGUGUUUGUAUUGAACCUGGAAUAACAUGUGGCUUUUGCAAGUUCUGUAAAGUUGGACGCUAUAAUUUAUGCCCAAAUAUGAAGUUCAAAGGACUAUUAAGUAAUUACUGUAGCCAUCCAGAAGGUCUAUGCCACAAAAUACCCAAGACUAUGGAAUUCGAGAAAGCCGCCUUGGCACACCCUCUGUCAUUGGGAUUACAUGCUUGUCAUCGAGGUCGUGUUACUCUUGGGUCGCGAGUCCUUAUCUUAGGUGCUUCUCCUCUUGGUCUUUCGUGCGUCAUGGCAGCCAAAGCAAUGGGGGCGGGAAGGGUAGCUAUAAUUGAUGACCUGGAGAAAAAUCUCAAAGUGGCCUGUGACCUAUGCGCCGAUGCUGCAAUCUUGGUAAAUGACACCUCCUCACCGGCUGAAGUGGCAUUGGCUCUUUUACGUGAAAUGAAAUAUCGUCCGAACGUCGUGAUUGAUUGCUGUGGAUGUUCGAAAACAAUUAAUAUUUCAGUGACGACCAUCGAAGAGGGAGGCGAUUUUGUCCUGGCCGGAUGUCAAGCAAAACGUGCAAAUAUUCCGAUUUUAGCGAUAUUGGCCAAAGAACUGCGCCUUCAUACAAGCUUCCGUUCGUUAAACAUGUUUCCCACAGCUUUAAACAUGAUCGACACUGGUAGGGCUCCGGUUGAGAAAAUGAUAACGCAUCGUCAGAACUUUUGCGAAGCUCGAAAGGCAUUCGACAUAGCGCUCAAUGAAACUAAAAACGGUGCAAUCAAGGUCAUGGUGGUUUGGCCUGAACCACAAUCAAAAAAUAAAGGAUAACGCUCCAUCCCCAAGGAAACGGCGAAGAUUCAAAUAGCAAAAAAAAAUCCUUCAAUAUUGAAAAACUGUUACCAGGUUUUCGAUAUUUUUUUGUGAUUGAAUUUAGAUUCUAAUUUUUAGUUUAUAAGGCUCCAAAUUUGUUUACGUGGCGGUUAUGAUGAUGGUUCAAAAUUUAUGUCAAAUUGUACCGGGAGUGUUAAGGAUCCAAAUGUGUAAUGAACUGGAACUGGUGACUCACUUUUGAACUUGACCGAGACUGCUACGUAAUGUAGAUAAUGUGAAAUUUCAAGGAGCAAUUUUUGAACGGUUUUAUUUAUUUCUAUGUAAAAUGUAGAAAAAUGUAUACAUUUUGUUGGGUAGCAGCAAAUUUAUAAAA